AAGCUGAAAAUUGCCCUGGUCAGGAAGGGGGGAAAGUGUCCGGACUGGAAGGGGGGAAAGUGUCCGGACUGGAAGAAGGGGGUGAAAGUGUCCGGACUGGAAGGGGGUGAAAGUGUCCGGACUGGAAGGGGGCGAAAGUGUCCGGACUGGAAGGGGGCGAAAGUGUCCGGACUGGAAGGGGGUGAAAGUGUCCGGACUGGAAGGGGGCGAAAGGGUCCGGACUGGAAGGGGGCGAAAGGGUCCGGACUGGAAGGGGGCGAAAGGGUCCGGACUGGAAGGGGGCGAAAGUGUCCGGACUGGAAGGGGGCGAAAGUGUCCGGACUGGAAGGGGGCGAAAGUGUCCGGACUGAAAGGGGGGGAAAGUGUCCGGACUGGAAGGGGGGGAAAGUGUCCGGAUUGGUAGGGGGGGAAAGUGUCCGGACUGGAAGGGGGCGAAAGUGUCCGGACUGAAAGGGGGGGAAAGUGUCCGGACUGGAAGGCGGGUGAAAGUGUCCGGACUGGAAGGGGGUGAAAGUGUCCGGACUGGAAGGGGGGGAAAAGCGUCCGGACUGGAAGGGGGGGGAAAGUGUCUGAACUGGAAGGGGGGGGAAAGAGUCCGGAC